UCGACGCAAUAUAUAGACCUGUCGAUUGACCAACACGGAAUACUCGAUUUUAAAUAGAGUUUCUCGUAUUCGUCUCUCGACAGAGUUAUUGGCUACCUGUAGAGAAGUGAAUUCAAACGCUAAGAAUCAAAAUGCACUCAAGUCGGAGCCCUCUGUUGGCAGUUAGAGGAAUUUCUUCCACUUGGACCAGUGUGUCGCUUUUAGCUGAUAUCAGGUAGUUUAGCUUAGCUGUUGCCAACCAUGAAGACAGCUGGUGAGUGGGGCCUUCUGAGUCCCGAUGGCACUCUGCACAAACUAUGUGAGCCAAAUUUUUUUGUGGGAAGAGACGAUCAGAUGGAUUUGAUUCUGAAGUCAAGAAGUGUGGAUAAACAGCAUGCUGUGAUCACAGUGAAUACACAGAACAAAGAGUACAAGUUACAUGAUCUUGAAACUUUGAAUGGUACAUUUGUAAAUGAUUCAAGAGUAAGACAGUUUCCGGUUGACUUGAAGCUGAGAGACAACAUUCGUUUUGGAUAUGACUCAACAACUUUCCGUGUGGAACCAUGUCCUCACAGAAAUGGACACUCAAUUUCCAGUGAUGACAAAAAUUAUAAGAGGCAGCACCUUGAUGAAAAUGAACAUUCAUCGGAAAUGGUGUGGGAGCCUCCUUCUGAGAGGAAACUUUCUAUCCAAUCAGCCACCCAGCAAACUAAUCCAGAUGAAGAUGGUUGUCGAUCUGGGACUCCAGACCAAGAUGUUCUUAUGUACCAUGGUGUUCCUUCGCCUCAUUCUUCCCACUCUCCCCUCUCUCCUCACUCUCAAUACCACCCACCCUACCCCCACUAUCCCUACAUGACACCAAUGUAUCACCACCCUCCCCCUGUGAUGUGCCAUUUCCCGUCAUGCACCGGACAUAGGUUACCCGUUCACUCUCCCCACGGUGGUACCCCUAUGGGAAGGUUUGUUCAUCAUCAGGUCGGGUCACAUGCGAACUGGGCCCAUGGGCCAGCAGCAGUGGCGGGGUUUCAAGUCAGACCGAGAAUACAAAGGCCUCUCCCUGUUCCUGCUGAGAAACAUGAAAUGCUUGUAAAGGGCAGCCCCCUGUAUGGACAGCCCCCUUGGUGGGGUUGGGGGUCCUCAGACGAAGAAAUCUACAAUUACCCGAACACUGCCACUCUCCUGGAGAGGGGUGACGAUCAACAGACUCUUGCUUUGAGAAAGAAGAAACUCUCUAAGAAGAACGCGGUUGAAAUGGCGCAAAGGAGACACAGCAUUGGGACUGUAUCGGUGUUGGCUGAGUCAAGAGCGAGGAUUGUCACAACUAGGACUUCUAAAAACCCCGAGAAGGACCAAGCGAUGAAGCAACGAGAGGAAUUUGUUGUCUUUGAGAAGCGGUCGUCUCUGCCAGGGCGGGGUUAUAAUGAGCAGUUAUCUCCUGUGUUUGAAAAUUCUACCAGUAGAGACUGGCAAAUGCCAAAUGCACUGAACGAACCGGGAAAGCUUGAUUCGACGUCAACUGCGGAGAGUUCUCCAGAUGACGGAAGCGAACUGCACUCAAGACUCGGGUCUUCGUACGAAAUUCCUCACAUACCGGACUAUGAUGAACUCCCAGAAAGGCCUGUGAGUCUGAAAAGUGAUAAGGGUAAAGUAGCAUCCCAAGAUGCAACACGGAAGGGUUCAGCAGAGAAACAAGAGAGGAUUGUGAGGAAAAAACCUACCAGUAAAAUUAAAAAGAAAAUUGUUUCCAUGGAUGUCCCGGCAAAGAGCGGAAAAGCAUUGUCAGGGUCCAGAAAACAUUCAAGUGAUACCAGCGAGUCUGAAUGUGAGCCAAGCGCACAUCCUUCACGCCGCUCGGGCUUAGCGGUUGCAACUACCCCUUCAUCCCUUGGCGUGUUUGGUCUGACGGAGGUGACGCUCGGUGAUUCCGAUAAACGAGAGACGCUUUCGCCAGCCCCUCUUCCAAGCUGGGUAAAACAGUGGACGAACUCUAAAAACGGUCGUGAGAGCGCUUCAGUUAAUCCAGUCGAGAUCAUCGAUUCAUCGAGUACGGCUGAAGAGUCUGCCGAAAGCUGUGCUAUGUCUUCGUCGAGUCACAUCCCAGUUCCUAUCGAAUCUGAAAAUGCUGAAGAGAAGACCAAACCCAUCAAAAGCGUUGCGUCACCGAGUUUAAGCAGACCAAGGUCGGCAACAUCGAGAACGGCAUCGUCUGGCGUAUUACGGAGCCAAAGCAUGUCUGCCGCCAAUAUCUCCUCCUCUCCGAAGACAACGUCCUUCCCAAGAGUUGCACGAAGCAAGACCAUGUCCGCUGUCGUGCGGCGGUCGUACCCGACUGCUGCAAACGAAUCAGAGAAGAGAGCCGGCGAUAGUGCUCGGGGGAGGGCUGUGAUAAGCAGUACUUCAGAUGAUAGCGAUGUGGAAUCAAGCGACGCCUCACAGACGAGACAGGCCAAAGAAUCGCGAAGGAAAAGCGACGAGUCCGAUAAGAAGGGAGUUCAGCUUAUUCCUGAGAAGGAGGGAAAGCGUCCUUUGUCAGCCCCUCGCCCAAACAAGACAGCUAUGUUGAGAGCGCACAACAGUCGAGAAGCUGUGAAGAAUAGCGGGUUUAAGAGCAAGACUCCAGUAUCGGCGAAAGCGAGGACUGCUAAGAGCUCAUCGCCGAACAAUGGAAAUACAAGUGAGUCUUCGCCUUCUGCGAGAGUGUGGAGUCCAAGUGUAAGAAGGUCGACAAAGUCCUCUUCGGGCGAUAGUAUCCGUGAGGUAGAGGAGAAUGGUACCAAUUGAAGCUCGCCAGCUAGCGAUGACAUCACUCAGGAGGCGAUAGAUCAGGUUUUUUCUUCGGGCGCAGUCCAGCAACUUCCAGAGUCACUUCAAAUGAAGCGGGAUGAUAAUGUCAACAAGACGUUUGUACUCGAUGAUGGCAAUGAGGACAAUUCCGUUUCAUCUCCUGAAGGCACGUCCAUACAAGCAUGGGUCGACAAAGUCGCUAGUAGUGAAAACGUCCUUGAAUGUAAUGGUGUCGUUACAAGAAACACUGCACCAACCUCUCCGUCUCGUGAAGAACCAACGAAGAUAAGACUGGAAACAACCGACGCGAAAGGAAUUAGCUUGCGUAGUAAGCUUAUACCAUUUGCACCCUUCUUGGAAAACUUGUCAUAUACACCCCCCGUCUCAGACCUACCUUUUGAACCUCCCAGUGACUCAGCCGAAGACACAUCCGGGGGGUCUCGUUGUUCUACAGCAGAAAGUAGGCCCAUUUCACCGGAGUCAGCGUUUUCGACUGUACCUGCUGCCUCCCCCUCGCCUCCUUUGACUCCGAGUUCUGCUGCAAAGAAAGCGUUUGAUUUUAAGGGGGGAGCAGCAUCUUCACAAAGCCGGAGGCAGUGGGGUGUCACUGACAAGCCUGUUGAGGAUCUGAUGUUGUCCUCUAUUCACGCAUUCUCCGUAGAGUUACGGCUGGCUUCGGAAUCCGUGCUGUGUAAAGUGAAAACUCUUUAUGAUGGAAGCGAAGAGCUGAACGGGACGUCAAGAUCAAGGACGGAUUCUGAUGCUAAACAGGAAUCCCAGAGUGCUAUUCCUGAUUGGAAGAGUUCUCACGCGGAGAUAGCUGGGAUAUUUCGAAACUUGCGAAAGGUUGAGCUUCGCCUUCGCACGAUGGAGCAGGCCUUGUCUAUCAUGUGUGUAGCAGCUCAACGGGAUCCUAAUCAGUCUUUCCAAGAGAGGAAAGUUUCAAUGGUGGAAACGUCUAGCUUGGCCUCAGGCCAAAAAUGGAGAGAGUUUAAAAUUAAAGCUCGCCGGAAUUCUUGGGCGGUGGAACACAGAAACCAGUUUCCAGUCCCACCGGCGGAAUCUGAUGAGGAGGACGAGGACACAACGUGAUUGGGUUAAAUGAUAAAGCACUGGGAAAUGAACCAGAGAAUUCAGUCCCAUUGGGAAAGAAGUGUAAAAUGUGCGAAUGGCCACCGCCAUCCUCUACCUGUCUUAUUAUAAUUUUCCCAAUUUCGUCGAUUUUCACGAGGAUUUCAGUUGGCAACGAAAAUUGUUUUGAGUAGACAGGUUUACUUUUCUGUGAAGAAAGAGUUUGUCCUUCAAUAUCCUACGAAAUUUGCAUUACUCAGGCGUGGUAGAAUUGUAGCUGUGAAUUUGUUUUUACAAAAACUUCUUGCAGAAAUUAAUUUGUACAUUUGCUUUUUUCGACGAAGCGAAUUUCGUUCCUUUCUGUGUUGAACAUAGGAAUGUUCUUGUACUCACUCUCUAGAAGCCAAACGAACGAUGAAUGUAAAUGUAUGAAAGAAAAUUGUAAAAAUUUAAAUUGCUACUUAAUGCACAUAAAUCAUGGAUAUACAAAGUGAAGACUAUGUGCGGAAUAAAAAAAUCCAACUCUUCAGAA